AUGGCUGGCGUGGACGAAACACUCGCGGCCGCUGCUGCCAUCCUACAAGGUCUCGCCAGAGAGACCCCUCGCUCCGGCUCCUCUCCUCCUUUCGACUUCCAGUUCUCCCAACCUCCCGCCAACGGCUACGACGCAAAACUAUCCAAGUUGCCAGGAGAUCCAAGUGCAGCUAAGACCACCUUUGAAAAUGAGUUGGAGGCGUUAAUCCGUCGGGUUCAUCACCUGGAAUUCCAAUCUGUCAGUCACCAGACACCCCCUGGAGUUUUCCCUGAAAUCUCUGUGUCUUCCCUCAACCAAACUGGGAAGGAACCUGAUUUCCUGUGGUCGUUUGGUCUUUCUCGCUCGUCGUCCCGGAAAGGUUCUAACUCUUGCAUCUUACAGCAGCAAAAUCCUCAGCAACACCAACCGAUAAGUCGACCGCCCCCUAGAACUCAAGCGCGUGAAGAUGACGUUGAAGAAGAGGAAUCAGAUGAAGAGGAAGACUCGGAGUCGAGAACUCGGUUGGUGCGCGAGGAGGAUAUCAGCUACCUACGGAAUCAUGUUCAGAAGCAGGCGGAGGAAAUAAGUUUCCAGAAAGACAUCAUUGCCCAAGUCCGUGAUGAGCUCCUGCAACAAGAGGAGCAGACACGGCGGGCUCUGACCAAGGUCGAAAACGAGGAUGUCGUCUUACUGGAGCGCGAAUUACGCAAGCACCAGCAGGCCAACGAGGCUUUCCAGAAGGCGCUACGAGAAAUCGGUGGCAUCAUUACACAGGUAGCGAACGGUGACCUGUCGAUGAAGGUGCAGAUCCACCCUCUGGAGAUGGACCCUGAAAUCGCCACUUUCAAACGUACAAUCAAUACAAUGAUGGAUCAAUUGCAGGUCUUUGGUAGCGAGGUGUCUCGAGUUGCACGGGAGGUCGGAACAGAGGGUAUCCUUGGUGGCCAAGCUCAGAUUACGGGGGUCCACGGUAUCUGGAAGGAACUCACCGAGAACGUCAACAUCAUGGCCAAAAACCUCACGGAUCAAGUGCGUGAGAUUGCUGCUGUUACCACUGCUGUCGCCCAUGGAGAUCUGAGCCAAAAGAUCGAGAGUCGAGCCCAGGGUGAAAUCUUGGAGCUACAGCAGACUAUUAAUACCAUGGUGGACCAGCUUCGUACAUUCGCGACCGAGGUUACCCGCGUGGCCCGCGACGUUGGUACAGAGGGUGUUCUGGGUGGACAAGCCCAGAUUGAAGGAGUUCAAGGCAUGUGGAACGAGCUCACCGUUAAUGUCAACGCCAUGGCGAAUAAUUUAACGACUCAAGUGCGAGAUAUUGCAACUGUCACGAAGGCAGUAGCUAAAGGUGACCUGACCCAGAAGGUCCAGGCUAACUGCAAAGGAGAAAUCGCAGAAUUGAAGAACAUCAUCAAUUCCAUGGUUGAUCAGCUCCGGCAGUUUGCCCAAGAAGUUACCAAGAUUGCCAAGGAGGUCGGCACAGAUGGUGUCCUUGGCGGUCAAGCCACUGUUAAUGAUGUGGAAGGCACCUGGAAAGAUUUAACCGAGAAUGUCAACCGGAUGGCCAACAAUCUCACUACCCAGGUCCGGGAGAUUGCCGACGUCACUACGGCUGUCGCAAAGGGCGAUCUUACUAAGAAGGUCACUGCCAAUGUCCAGGGUGAAAUACUAGACUUGAAGAGCACAAUCAACGGCAUGGUGGACCGGCUGAAUACCUUCGCUUUUGAAGUCAGUAAGGUCGCUCGCGAGGUCGGCACAGACGGCACGCUGGGUGGCCAAGCCAAGGUGGACAAUGUGGAGGGCAAGUGGAAGGAUUUAACUGACAAUGUCAACACCAUGGCUCAGAAUUUGACUUCUCAAGUCCGCAGUAUAUCGGAUGUCACACAGGCGAUUGCUAAGGGUGACCUGAGCAAGAAAAUUGAAGUACAUGCCCAGGGGGAGAUUUUGACCCUCAAAGUGACUAUCAAUCACAUGGUGGACCGGUUGGCUAAGUUUGCAACUGAGCUGAAGAAGGUCGCUCGUGAUGUUGGAGUCGACGGAAAGAUGGGUGGUCAAGCCAACGUCGAAGGAAUUGCUGGAACUUGGAAGGAGAUCACCGAGGACGUAAAUACAAUGGCUGAAAACUUGACCUCUCAGGUUCGUGCAUUUGGCGAAAUCACGGACGCCGCAACCGAUGGCGAUUUCACCAAACUUAUCACCGUCAAUGCAUCCGGGGAGAUGGACGAAUUGAAGCGGAAGAUCAACAAAAUGGUUUCGAACCUUCGGGAUAGCAUCCAACGAAACACAGCCGCCAGAGAGGCCGCUGAACUGGCGAAUCGCACAAAAUCCGAAUUCCUGGCGAAUAUGAGCCAUGAAAUCCGAACACCUAUGAAUGGUAUCAUCGGAAUGACGCAACUGACAUUAGACACGGAUGACCUGAAGCCUUAUACCCGGGAGAUGUUGAACGUAGUGCAUAACCUGGCAAACAGUUUGCUGACAAUCAUUGACGACAUACUCGAUAUCUCGAAGAUCGAAGCAAAUCGUAUGGUUAUUGAAAGCAUUCCGUUUACAGUCAGGGGCACGGUCUUCAACGCACUUAAAACGUUAGCGGUGAAGGCGAACGAGAAAUUCCUCAGCCUGACCUAUCAGGUCGACAACACCGUACCGGACUAUGUUAUCGGUGACCCUUUCCGUCUUCGCCAGAUUAUCCUCAAUUUGGUCGGCAAUGCCAUCAAAUUCACGGAACAUGGAGAAGUUAAGCUCACCAUUCGCAAGUCAGACCGGGAGCAGUGUGCAGCGAAUGAAUACGCUUUCGAAUUUUCUGUGUCAGAUACGGGCAUCGGCAUUGAGGAGGAUAAGCUCGAUCUCAUUUUUGACACCUUCCAGCAAGCCGACGGCUCGACGACGCGGAGAUUCGGUGGAACUGGCCUGGGCUUGUCCAUUUCAAAACGGUUGGUGAACUUGAUGGGUGGUGAUGUUUGGGUGACCUCUGAAUAUGGUCAUGGUAGCACAUUCCACUUCACGUGUGUGGUAAAACUUGCCGAUCAAUCCUUGAACGUAAUUUCCUCUCAACUCUUGCCAUACAAGAACCACCGGGUACUAUUCAUCGACAAGGGAGAAAAUGGUGGACAGGCAGAGAACGUCAUGAAGAUGCUCAAACAAAUCGAUCUGGUGCCGUUAGUUGUUCGGAAUGAAGACCAUGUUCCACCCCCGGAGAUACAAGAUCCAUCCGGCAAAGAGUCGGGCCAUGCGUACGAUGUCAUCAUCGUGGAUUCGGUGGCCACGGCUCGGUUGCUUCGGACCUUCGAUGAUUUCAAAUAUGUUCCCAUAGUUUUGGUCUGUCCGCUGGUUUGUGUAAGCCUGAAGUCCGCCCUGGAUUUGGGAAUCAGCUCCUACAUGACCACACCAUGCCAACCAAUCGAUCUGGGCAAUGGCAUGCUCCCGGCUCUUGAAGGACGUUCCACACCAAUUACUACCGACCAUUCCCGUUCAUUUGACAUUCUGCUUGCUGAAGAUAAUGAUGUUAACCAAAAACUGGCUGUGAAGAUCCUCGAGAAACACAAUCAUAAUGUGUCCGUUGUUAGCAAUGGCCUGGAGGCUGUUGAAGCUGUCAAACAACGUCGCUAUGAUGUUAUUUUGAUGGACGUCCAGAUGCCCGUCAUGGGUGGCUUUGAAGCCACCGGGAAGAUCCGAGAAUACGAGAGGGAGUCGGGAUCAAGUAGAACGCCGAUUAUCGCACUCACAGCGCAUGCAAUGUUGGGCGAUCGAGAGAAAUGCAUACAGGCUCAGAUGGACGAGUACCUUUCGAAGCCGCUGAAGCAGAAUCAAAUGAUGCAGACCAUUCUCAAAUGUGCCACUCUGGGUGGUUCGCUUUUGGAGAAGAGCAAGGAGUCGCGAAUUUCUAGUAGCGGUGAAAUGCACCCGGUCCAUCACACGAGCUCUGACAGCAAAAGCCCUCGCCCGAGCGUGGAACCUAGAUCAAUUACCGCAACAAGCACCGUGAAUCGGAGUGGCAUUGCGGGCCCCAGCGCUGAGAAUGGCGAGGAUCUGUCCAUGGAAAGGGCACUGUUGCGAUCCAACAGCUCGUGA